GGUUCGAAUAGAUAGACACACGGUGCGAACUGUCCUCUGUGAACACUUCCGAGGCGGUUUAUCUAGCGAAGCUUAGGGGCUGUUUGGUUCAGAAGUCCUAGGAUUUUUUCUAAUCUCAGGGACUAAUAAAAAAGACUCUUCGGUAUAGUCUUUUUCUAAUCCCUGUAGAAAAAGUCCCUUCUGUUUGGUUUCUAGGGACUUUUUCUAGUCUCUGGGACUAAAAAGUGCCCGAACCAAACACCCCAAGCAGGCAGCAGCAAUGGCGGCCGAGCCCGAGAUCUGCGUGCUCUCCAAUGGCAGGAUCACGGCGAACAUCGCCAGCUGGGGCGCCACUAUCACCUCCCUCCUCGUCCCCGACGCGCAAGGGGAUCUCGCGGAUGUCGUUCUUGGGUUCGACACACUGGAGCCGUACUUGAAAGGCAUGGCGCCUUAUUUUGGUUGCAUAGUUGGCCGAGUUGCAAAUAGGAUCAAGAACAGGAAGUUUGAUCUGAACGGAGUUGAGUAUUCAUUGCCUAUCAACAAUGUGCCGAACAGCCUUCAUGGUGGAUUGAAGGGGUUUGACAAGGUUGUGUGGGAUGUUGUAGAGCGUAAAGAUGGCGAGUACCCAUCAAUAACCUUUCAAUAUGAGAGCAAAGAUGGCGAAGAAGGUUACCCUGGCGAUGUAACCGUCAGAGCGAUGUAUUCUCUUCCGGAGGCUACCACUCUAAGACUUGACAUGGAAGCUAUACCAGCUAACAAAGCCACUCCAAUCAGCUUGGCACAGCAUACUUACUGGAACCUUGCAGGCCACAACUCUGGCAGCAUCUUGGAUCAUUCGAUCCAGAUCUGGGCAAAGCACAUCACUCCAGUCAAUGAAAACACGAUUCCUACCGGAGAAAUAAUGCCCGUCCAGGACACACCUUUUGAUUUCACCACGGAGCACAAGAUUGGAGACCGCAUCAGCGAUGUUCCUGGAGGGUAUGACCAUAACUAUGUGUUGGACUCGGCCAAUGAGAAGAAUGGCUUGAAGCACGCAGCCAAGCUAAAGGACCCAUCGAGCUCACGAACUCUGGACCUCUGGACCGAUGCGCCUGGCAUGCAGCUCUAUACUGCAAACUAUGUGAAUGGCAUCACGGGCAAAGGUGGAGCUGUUUACGGGAAGCAUGCCGGAGUAUGCUUGGAAACCCAGGGGUUCCCCAAUGCCAUCAACCAGCCCAAUUUCCCGUCUGUGGUGGUGCAGCCUGGUGCGAAGUAUAAGCACACCAUGUUGUUUGAGUUCUCGGCAUGAUUAGAGAUGCUGCCGGCAGCUUAAAUGGCUGCAACUGCAAUAGUUAUAGAGUGGAAUAAAACGACCAGAAGAAAAAAGUCAAGUUGUAGUACCAAACAAAAAUAAAAAAGGUGUAGUGGCCAGAACUGAGUGACAUUAUCUCAUUCAGAAAAUCAUGUUCAAGGGUGUCUUAUAUUUUGGUUGUGUAUACUGUGACUGAGAAGAAUUGUUCACAUGCUUGCCAAAAUAUUGAAGGUCGUUUGCUUGAUUUGCAUGCUGAA